AGUCGCCCCGGAUUGUGUUUGUCGUGGUGGUGUUUGUGUGUCGCAAAAAUAGGCAUUUGCUUGCAAAUCCCAAGAACCGGCAGCAGCCCCGCUCCCCUUUUCUGCUUGCCUCAUCUCCGUAUCUUUCCCCUCCCCCAUCGGCGACCUGGCCUGCACCGUGGUGCGCUGGACACUUCUGGUCCGUUUCUGACCCCCCCCCCUCACCUCAGCCGCAUCCGAGCGUAUCUGGACGCUGCCUGGCCCUUCUCCAUCUUGCAACACCCUCAUUACAUUCUGGCAUCUGCUCCAAAACCAACACACCACUUCCAAAACCAACACACCAAGCCAUCCCGCUUUCCAUGGAUGUCCAAUGGAAAGCCGCAGCGAGCUGGCGGCCAACAGUAAAGUUCGUCAACUUCCGGGUCGUCUUGGCGAUCGUCCUUUCCCUGUGCUUCGGCAUUGGAUAUCUGAUCCUCACAAGCUUUUCGAGGUCAAGCUCGAGUGCCUCCGCUCGCCAUCCGAAGCCGCACGCCGGAGCCCAUGACUCGGACGCAUCGACCGGCGGUGCGCCGCUUCCGAAACCCACGUCGCUCCCGCCGCUGAUCGAGGCUGGGUCGGUCUGGCCCGAUCCACACUUGCUGGACCUGGGCCCGCAAAUCCGGCCGAUCCCCGUCCCCGACGACGCCGCCGCUCUUGAACAGAAACCCGGCAGCUGGGCAAAGUACCGACACUACGCCGUCUUGAUCGACGCCGGAAGCUCGGGGUCGCGGGUCAUGAUCUACUCGUGGAAGAGCCCGUACUGGACCCAGGCCAGGGCCAGAGUCGAUCCUGCCUUCGAGACAGGCGAGUGGAUCGAGCUCGAGAAGGGCGACGAGGCCGGUGUCCGGUGGCAGUUCAAGGAAGACCCCGGUAUCUCGUCGUACGGCGACAAGCCCGAACAGGUCGGCGAGCAUCUAAAGCCUCUGAUGGAUCUCGCAGCCUCGGUCGUGCCAAGAUCGCAACACGAGCAGACGCCGGUCUAUCUCUUUGCCACCGCCGGCAUGCGCCUGCUCACAAACCAGCAGCAGCGCCGCAUCAUGGACAAUACGUGCGACUAUAUCCGAUCAGGCUACUCGUUUUCGACAGCAGGCGGAUGCAAUCGGCACUUUCGAGUGAUCUCGGGCGAGCUCGAGGGCAUCUUUGGCUGGAUAGCCGUGAACUACCUGCUGAAUGGGUUUCCCCAAGAGAUGCAGCCCCGGCCACCCUCGCAUUCGGCAGAGAAGCUUGCCGACAGCGACCCCAAGCACACCUUUGGCUUCCUGGACAUGGGUGGAGCGUCGACGCAGAUUGCAUUCCAGCCCACCGCCAAGAUGGCACACCAGCACCGCAACGAUCUGGUUCGGGUGCAGCUCCGGACCCUUGGUGGGCACGACCGCGACUAUGACGUCUUUGUGAGUACCUUCCUGGGCUUUGGCAUGAAUGAGGCCCGCCGGCGAUACACUGAGCGGCUCGUGAGCCCGCAUCUCCGAAACCCCAAAUCUCGACUGCGAGUCCAUCCGACAGGCGGGCGCAGCGACGAUGCGUCCCGUGCCGAUCCCGACCCACCCAGCUCGCCGGACAACCUGACGAUCAUCGACCCAUGUCUGCCCAAGGGGUUCUUGCACCAGGCACAGGAUGGCGUCGUGCUGCGCGGAAGCGGCAACUUUCGACAUUGCCGAAUGAGCGUCAUUCCUCUCCUCAACAAGGCCAUGCCCUGCUCCGAGAAUCCCUGUCUGUUCAACGGCGUACAUGCGCCGAUCGAAGAUUUUUCGCUCCACCAGUUCAUCGGUGUCUCCGAGUACUGGUACACCCCUGCGGAUGCCUACCAGCUCGGCGGCAAGUACGACUAUCGCAAGUUCAGGAAGGCCACGAUCGAGUUCUGCAGCAUGCCCUGGAGCGACAUCCAGGCACGGCAUCAGCGCGGGCAGUGGCCGCGCCACGACAAUCAUCGCCUGGCCUCCCAGUGCUUCCGCAGCGUCUGGCUCAUGGCCAUCUUGCAUGUUGGCUUUGAGAUUCCCAAGGACAUUGAAGUGCCCGUGUCUGUCAACGCAACUGGGCCGGAGCCCCGACUCGGGGCCGAAGCAUCCGCCGGCAGCACCAGCGAGGAUGAAGUCGAGGAUGCCGGCACCGGGCCGUCGUCCAGCGACCCGAGCAACAGCCCUAUUUCCUCAGGCCGGAACGGCACCUGGACACAGUUCCAGAGUAUCAACGAGGUCGAAGAUUUCAGCGCGAGCUGGACACUAGGCGCUGCGCUGAUCCUGGCAUCGAACACAAUCCCGAGAAACCACGGAUGGAGCGAGGAUAGCAAGCCCAAGGACGACACUCUGCGCGAGCAGCAGCAGCAGCAACAACAACAACAACAACAACAACAACAACAACAACAGCAAAACCCACAACCGUCCGACUUGAGUGCCCAUUCGCAACCGGUAACCACAGCAACGUCUGCACCAGGGUCAGACUCCUCUGGAAACCAUACGCUUUGGUAUGCGCUUGGACUUGGUCUCGCAGCGAUCGGUCUGGUUCUCCUGGUCCGCACUGCCACGAACGAUGCCAAGCGGCGGCGGCGGAAGCUGAGCGGGCCGCCGUCGCUGAUCCAAGCCGGCAUGGCCACGUCGUUUGGUCUCGGCGGCGGCAGUAGCAGCAGCUUCACGCACGGGCCUUUGGGCAGCGCAAGCGCCGGUCUCCUCGCUGACAUGCCAGCGGCUUCGGAUGCGGGCGAGCAGGUCAUCUUUGUGGAUGACUGGAAGCGGACGGUCUGAAGGGCAACACGGGCCAUUGCGAAGGGUUGCGCUGGCCGCUGUUACUGGACAUGAGGCCGAGCGGAGUGCUGCCUCGAUGGAGGAUGCCAACGAUACGCCUGACUCGGAUGAUCGAGAUGCAACGGGAUGCGAGCCCCGCUUCAAGAUGGAUAUAGACUGAGCAUGAUCACGGCCAUGGGCAGACACGCCAUUCGUCAAUACACGCCAUGUGGAAUCAAGGGAUCACUUUGGCAACCUCUGAGUGGAGACAUUGCAUCGCCCUCCGGUCUCCACAAUCGCCUUGCACAUCCCACUUCCGUUGGUGCAGGGAGCUUGGGCAGCGGUGGAGGCCGCUGGUGCGAGGCCACAUCCGCGCGUGAAUGGUUUCAGCCGUGCGCAAUUUGCGAUUCGGCGCAUU